AUGAACGUCCGACCAAAGUCACGAGUCAUUAAAUCUUUGCAUGCAAAUGUUUUAGGCUUGAAUUUCAUUCUUGAACUGUCAAGGAUUCUUAAAGGUGAACAAACAGAUUUUACCCAAAUUCUUGAAGCAAUUGAUCAAGAAUACUCAGAAAAAGAAUAUUCAGCGUUCAUAAUUAUGCAGUCAAGUUUCUCAAUCACAAAUAUUGGCGGUCUAGAAAAAGAAAAAAUUUAA